UCGCGAUAAUCUCGUGUUUUCAUGGCUACAGCGUCAAAAUGGCGCACAAUGGACCCUCGGUUCUUGUAACCUCAAGUUCUGAAGAAAUAAAGAAAAAGAAAGGAGGAUUUAAGUUGCUUAGAAAACCAAGAGCACCAAAAUUACCACCCAUUCCUUUUCCCCCUUCUCCGGAUCCAGCUGAGAGACCAUUUUAUGAAAAUUAUGAUUUUGAAAAUGAAGAAUAUGAGACUUACAGUUCCUUUCAACAAUCUCCACCUCCAAGUGCUGUACCAAGUUUGAUAUCACCCCCACCCUCUGAAUCAAAUCCAAGACGAGGAAUUAGUCAGCGAACUUUACAUUUAUAUGGUUCUCCAUUGAGUCAUGUGAGUUACAUUGCCAGAGAGGAUAGAAAAUAUGUUUUAGACCCACUGUAUAGAGAUAGGACAAGCUUGGGAACUUAUGUAGAUGGGAAGUCUCUAGUUAAGCCUUUCAAACCAAGAGGUCCAGAUGGAUUGCCAGCUAGACCCCCAAAACGAUACAAUGAAGUACCAUUUAUACCCCCUGGAGAUCCGCAGGAUGAAUUUCACUACUACCAGCCUCCAGCAUUUACUCUUGAAUCUUUUGUUGGAGAAUGUGCAGAUGUAAUGAAAAUGCCUCUACCCAAGGUCAGAGAGGCUAUAAUUUCAAAGCAUAAUUAUAAAAAGUUGACAAAUUUAUUGGCACGCAAGCAUAUUAUACAAAACAAUGAAGAAAUGCAUGUGAAGGAAUUUACCCCUGAAGAUCAAAAUAUACCACCUACAGAACCAAGAAUUCCACAGAGACAGCUUCUGGUAGAAAUGGCUGCCAUGAUUAAACAACACGUCAGAGAUUUGAUGGGAACAGAGGUUAAAUCUGUGAUACGACCAUUAAAGAAGUACAGUCCUCAGUAUAACGAUGCUAAUAUCCCUCAUACUGAGAUUAUCUUGUACGAGGACGAAGAGACAGAUUUGACCAGAAGUUCAUUUCAACAAAGACAGGAUACUGAGGUUCCAAGUGCAGACACUAUGUUCCAUUCUGCAAGGUCAAGAUACUUCCAAGGAUCUGGAAGGAGCCAAUCACCUUUCACUGCACAAGGAGAUGGUGUCAUAUCUCCCUCAGAGCUUGCUAUACUAGAUUGUCUUAUUAAUGGUGGAAAAAUUCUUAGUUUGAAGGCUCACUUCAUAGCACAAGUACCUGACCUUUCACCUUUGAUGAGGACCGUCACUUAUAUAAAUCUAUCUUUCAAUGAUUUCUCACUAUUUCCAAGAGAGAUCUUAGGAAUCCGACAGUUAGAGGUGCUGAAACUAAGGAACAAUCCUCUGAGAGAACUUCCUCCUGAUAUUAACAGCUUACAGAACCUUCGAGUACUGGUUGUAUCCUUCUGUUUGUUAUCAUCUCUUCCGUUAGGAUUAUUCUCCUUGCCAAAAUUAGAACAUCUUGACAUAUCGUACAACAAGGUGACAUUUAUUCCUAUUGAAAUAAAAUUCCUUACAAGGUGUUUAAGAGAACUGAAUUUGGAGGGAAAUCAGUUACCAGCCAUGCCUAGUGGUGCAUUAGGGUUAGAGUUGGAUUAUCUGAAUGUGAAGAAUAAUUUCAUGCAUCCUUUGUUCUGGAAGGAAAAUACACAAAAUCAACCACAGAGACUGAUUGACAUGGCCGCCUUAAUGAUGUUUAACUCAGAUCUACAUAUGCAUCCAGAACACUACCCUGAAUCUGUCAACAAUGUACUAGCUAGUCGAUCUGUUUGUGAUUGCUGUCAAAGUGCUCUGUAUGGACCAGGACUAAGAAUAAUUCGACCAGUCAGCAAGCUACAUGGAAUUAAAAACCUACCAUUUAUAUUUAGGGCUUGCUCCCCUAGUUGUUUACAAAGUUUUAAAAGCAGUAAAGAAACAUUAUCAGAAGUUUUAUAUGGUGUUAAAGACAGGGAAUAUGAAUAUGAUGAUGAAGAACAUCGUGAGCACAUGUGAUGACUCAGCAUAAAAUUUAUAUUUUUAUAAUCAUGGUCCAAGUGACUUAAUAUAAAUUUACCAGCUGGUCAAAUCAAUUUGUUCAUAGUAAUAUAUUUUAUAUCCAUAUAAAUUUAGAACUCAGAUGACCAAAAUGGUAAGCUGAUUUUUCAGCUUCAAAGAUAUGUCCUGUAACAAAGUUUUGUAGUAUAUAAGAGGUAUCAGAUGGUUCAAAAGUAUCAAUUUUUGGAAAAUACAACUAUUUGUGAGGACUCUUUCAAUUUCAAUUUACUGGUAAUUAAAAAAAAAAGGAACUAAGAAAGGUCCAUUACAAUACCUAUCCUAGAUAUCUAAAUAAGCACAAUUUGAUAGCAUUGAUGAACAAUUUGUUAGUGAAGAAAACCUGAGAGUCCAGGUAAAAUCAUUGAACUCAAAUGAGCAACUGACAAAUACUCAAUCACAUAACAGAUUAAGUGUAUCUUCCAGCAGCCAGUGAUUCCUUGUUGGUUUGCUUUAAAAAAAACAUUUUGACAAUAAAUUUUUCAAUUAUAAAUUAUGUAACUAUGGUGAAAGUCAGGGUGGAACUCCCUAUUCCAUGCUAAACUUAGAUGGUUUUAUCCCUCCUGAAUAUGCUAAUUUUGGUUUCAGAUACUCCUAAAUGAUAUAUUUUGGCUAUUCAAACUUUUGUCCUUUGGUUUGUCUGAUGAAGGGUUAUUACGCAGAUACAGAUUUUGCUAACCGAAAUUAACAUUAUUCUAAUAUGGAUAUGCUGAAGUGAUGUUUAAAGAUAGAUUUUGUUUAUUGAACAACACACUCUGUAUCAACGACUUUUUGAAUGCUGUGGAUUCAUUUAUUUUCGUGGGUAUUAAUUUUCGUGGAUAGCUGAACACUGGCAUAUUCUUGGAUAUUUAAUUUCGUUGUUUUCCAAUCUCUGUAUACAAAGCCUUUUGAAAAUAUGUAACUCAUUGAAAAUUUGAAAUUGGUUCACCUGUACCUUCGAAAUCCACGAAAAUUGGUAUCCAAUGAAUAAUUAUGAAUCAACAGUAGUAUGUUUCUAAGUAUGAAAGUAGGGAGGUAUGGAUAUAUGAAUGUAUGAGUAAUGGAUGUAUGUUUGUAUGCAUGUUUUCUGUUGAUAGAAUAUGAUUGAAUGUAUGUUUUUAAGUAUAAUUUAUUUGUUUUAGUGCUGUUUAAUUGAAAACUGUGAUAUAUCUACAUGUUAAAGUAUGAAUAUUAUAAUUGUUACUAUAGAAUUUUUGCAUUUCUUGCAUUGUGAUAUUAUUUUUGUAAAAAAUUAAAAUGUUAAAAAAAUAAAUA